AUGAAGACCAAAAGCAAAAGAACAAAGCACAGGCUUGCUGUUGACAAAGAAGCCUUUCCUGGGGAGACAACUUUGAGCAAAGAGGAACCGGUGAAAUGUUUGCGACGCAAAGAAAGGAGAAAUGGCGAAAACAAUGAGAGUAGCAAGACUGGUACAGUCAAAGCCAAGCAUGCUUGGAACAACAAAGACAGACACUUAAGGCGAUUGGAAAGCAAUGAACGGGAGAGGCAGAGAAUGCACAAGCUCAAUAAUGCAUUCCAGGCCUUGCGGGAGGUUAUCCCUCAUGUGAGAGCUGAGAAUAAGCUUUCUAAAAUUGAGACUCUCACGCUAGCCAAAAAUUACAUUAAAUCACUGACUUCCACCAUACUCCAUAUGUCCAGUGGGCACCUUCCAACUGUAGAAGGAACUGGGGCAUCCAAUGGCUCCAAACUGUACCAGCAUUACCAACAGCAACACGGUGAUGAGGAACACGAUGAACAACUAAAAAAAUACUCCACACAAAUUCACAACUUCAGACAAGGCAGCUAA